AUUGAGUCAUGGUCACACUGGCAGCGAGACAUUCUGGUCGUGUGUCAUCCGCGUUGCGAUAAUUAUUUUCUUAAUUCAAACGAAACUCUUUCGAAGUGGGCGUGAUCUGCUGGAGCCGUACGCCCGGUUGAUAAAUUAUAUAAAUUUAAAGUCCAUUAAAAACGGAACGAAUAGUGCAGUCCAACAUUUUGAACAUCGCGGACGCGUUGCCAUAAAUCAUCAGCUUUUCACGGUGUUUUUUCCAGCAGAAAAGUGCAUUUUGGUGUAACACUUCUUGAAAAUCGGAUAUAGAUGUGUUUAUAAAUCUACUAAGCGAUAGUGUUAAAUUAACAGCCUCCAAGAUGAGGCCGCCCAGAAGUAAUACGAACGCAGCAUUUUCCUCGCUUCAGUUUGGAUUGUUAUGCCUCUUAUUGCUGGUCAAUAAUGGCAUUAAAUCGGUGCAAGCAGACGCCUUCACGGACUAUUUCUCCGACUACGAGUGCAACCAGCCGCUCAUGGAAAGAGCCGUCCUCACGGCAACGUCAUCCUUAUCGGAAAGAGGACCCGACAAGGCUCGACUAAACGGUAACGCUGCUUGGACACCGGUCGAGAAUACGUAUAACCACUUUCUAACACUCGACCUGGGGGAUCCGCGCAUGGUGCGCAAGAUCGCCACCAUGGGGCGCAUGCAUACGGAUGAGUUCGUGACGGAGUACAUUGUCCAGUAUUCGGACGAUGGCGAGUUCUGGCGCUCGUACGUGAAUCCCACCAGCGAGCCGCAGAUGUUCAAGGGCAACUCCAAUGGAAACUCCAUCCACUACAACGUCUUCGAGGUGCCCAUCAUUGCCCAAUGGGUGAGGAUCAAUCCCACCAGGUGGCACGAUCGUAUUUCCAUGCGUGUCGAGCUCUACGGCUGCGAUUACAUCUCUGAGAACCUGUACUUUAAUGGCACUGGCUUGGUGCGCUAUGAUCUGAGGCGGGAACCCAUCACCUCCACCAAGGAGUCCAUCCGAUUCCGCUUCAAGACGGCCUUUGCCAACGGCGUGAUGAUGUAUUCGCGUGGCACACAGGGCGAUUACUAUGCCCUGCAGCUAAAGGACAACAAGAUGGUGCUGAAUUUGGAUUUGGGCUCGCGUGUGAUGACCUCCUUAUCGGUGGGAAGUCUGCUGGAUGACAAUGUGUGGCAUGAUGUUGUGAUCUCAAGGAAUCAAAGGGACAUUAUCUUUUCGGUGGAUCGGGUCAUCGUACGAGGACGCAUCCAGGGCGAGUUCACGCGACUGAAUCUAAAUCGAGAGAUUUACCUAGGUGGAGUGCCCAACGUGCAGGAGGGCUUGAUUGUCCAACAAAAUUUCUCCGGCUGUUUGGAAAACAUCUACUUCAAUUCCACCAACUUUAUUCGAGUAAUGAAAGACAGCACUGAGCUGGGAGAAGGAUAUCUUUUCACCAGGGUAAACACCAUCUACGCGUGUCCUUCGCCUCCGAUUUACCCUGUGACCUUCACUACCCGAUCGUCGUUCGUCCGUUUGAAGGGCUAUGAAAACUCUCAGCGCCUCAACGUCUCCUUCUAUUUCCGUACUUACGAGGAAACUGGAGUAAUGUUGCACCACGACUUCUAUUCGGGUGGUUAUGUUAAGGUCUUUUUGGAGUUUGGCAAAGUGAAGAUCGACCUUAAAGCCAAGGACAAGGCGCGAAUCAUUCUGGACAACUACGACGAUCAGUUCAAUGAUGGCAAAUGGCAUUCGUUCGUUAUAUCCAUCGAAAAGAAUCGUUUGAUUCUGAAUAUUGACCAGAGACCAAUGACCACAACAAAGAGCCUACAGAUUGCCACUGGAGCUCAGUACUAUAUUGCUGGUGGAAAGGACAAAAACGGAUUCGUCGGUUGCAUGCGGUUAAUUUCGGUGGAUGGAAAUUACAAAUUACCCCAGGACUGGGUGAAGGGCGAGGAGGUUUGCUGUGGCGAUGAUGUCGUAGUCGAUGCCUGCCAGAUGAUUGAUCGCUGCAAUCCAAAUCCUUGCCAACAUAAAGGUCUUUGUCACCAAAACUCCAGGGAGUUCUUCUGUGAUUGCGGACAAACUGGCUAUGCCGGAGCCGUAUGCCAUACUUCUAACAACCCAUUGUCCUGCUUGGCUCUCAAGAAUGUGCAGCAUGUGCAGCAGCGUGUGAACUUGAACCUCGAUGUGGAUGGCAGUGGUCCCCUGGAACCUUUCCCAGUGACCUGCGAAUUCUACUCGGAUGGACGCGUGAUUACCACCCUCAGCCACAGUCAAGAGCACACCACAACUGUGGAUGGCUUCCAGGAGCCUGGCUCCUUUGAGCAGUCCAUCAUGUACGAUGCCAACCAACUGCAAAUCGAAGCUUUGUUGAAUCGCUCCCAUAGCUGCUGGCAGCGCCUUAGCUACUCCUGCCGCUCCUCUCGACUCUUCAACUCUCCAUCUGAGGCCGGUAACUUCCGCCCCUUCUCUUGGUGGAUCUCUCGCCACAAUCAGCCGAUGGAUUAUUGGGCUGGAGCUCUUCCUGGAUCUCGUAAGUGCGAGUGUGGAAUUCUGGGCAAGUGUCACGAUCCCACAAAGUGGUGCAACUGCGAUUCGAACAGUCUAGAAUGGAUGGAGGAUGGUGGUGAUAUCCGGGAGAAGGAGUAUCUUCCCGUGCGAGCUGUGAAGUUUGGUGAUACUGGAACUCCUUUGGACGAGAAAAUGGGUCGCUAUACUCUGGGACCGCUGCGCUGCGAGGGCGAUGAUCUCUUCAGUAAUGUGGUGACCUUCCGCAUUGCCGAUGCUUCAAUUAACUUACCACCAUUUGAUAUGGGUCACUCCGGAGAUAUCUAUCUGGAAUUCCGUACUACACAAGAGAACUCUGUGAUCUUCCAUGCUACGGGACCUACAGAUUACAUUAAGCUAAGUCUCAAUGGUGGCAACAAACUGCAAUUCCAGUAUCAGGCGGGUAGCGGACCACUUGGCGUUAAUGUGGGCACAAGUUAUCACCUGAACGACAAUAACUGGCACACGGUAAGUGUCGAGCGCAACAGGAAGGAGGCACGUCUGGUGGUUGAUGGGUCUAUCAAGGCUGAGGUCCGAGAGCCACCAGGUCCAGUGCGUGCUCUGCACUUAACUUCGGAUCUGGUGAUUGGCGCCACAACGGAGUACCGCGAUGGUUACGUAGGAUGCAUUCGUGCACUGCUGCUAAACGGAAAGAUGGUUGACUUGAAGGAUUACUCCAAGCGUGGAUUGUACGGCAUCAGUACUGGGUGCGUGGGUCGCUGUGAGUCAAGUCCAUGCCUAAACAAUGGUACUUGUAUCGAGCGAUACGAUGGCUACAGUUGCGAUUGCCGCUGGAGCGCAUUCAAAGGACCUAUUUGCGCAGAUGAGAUUGGUGUCAACCUACGCUCCAGUUCGAUUAUUCGCUACGAGUUUGAGGGCUCCUUCCGCUCCACAAUUGCCGAGAACAUUCGCGUCGGUUUCACCACCACCAUUCCGAAGGGAUUCCUGCUUGGCUUCUCUUCCAACUUGACCGGGGAAUAUUUAACCAUUCAAAUAUCGAAUUCUGGCCAUUUGCGUUGCGUAUUUGAUUUUGGUUUCGAGAGACAAGAAAUCAUAUUCCCGAAGAAACAUUUUGGCCUGGGUCAGUACCACGACAUGCACUUUAUGCGGAAAAAUGGUGGAUCCACCGUGGUUUUGAAGGUCGACAACUACGAGCCGGUCGAGUACAACUUUGAUAUCAAGGCCUCAGCGGAUGCUCAAUUCAACAAUAUCCAGUACAUGUACAUUGGCAAAAAUGAAUCCAUGACAGAUGGCUUUGUAGGCUGUGUGUCGCGAGUUCAGUUCGAUGAUAUCUAUCCCCUGAAACUGAUGUUCCAGCAGAAUCCUCCCAAGAAUGUUAAGUCUUUGGGCACUCAAUUGACAGAAGACUUCUGCGGAGUCGAGCCAGUUACGCAUCCGCCCAUUGAAAUUGAGACUAGGCCACCACCUUUGGUGGAUGAGGAGAAGUUGCGCAAGGCCUACAACGAAGUGGACUCUGUGCUGCUGGCAUGUCUGCUUGUGAUUCUCUUCCUGCUGCUAAUCCUUAUGUUCUUCCUUAUUGGUCGCUAUUUGCACCGGCACAAAGGCGACUACUUGACGCACGAGGAUCAGGGUGCCGAUGGAGCUGACGAUCCAGACGAUGCUGUCCUGCACUCAACUACUGGCCAUCAAGUCAGGAAGCGAACAGAGAUCUUUAUCUAAACCGGUCGCAAGAAUAUGCACAUAAAUCGUUUUUAAAUCGCCUUAGACACGCAACAGCGACCACUCAGAUACACCAAAAGAUAAACAAUUUAUGAAAACGAAGUGAAAAUCAAACAAACACGGAAAAGGCUCAUCACAAAUUACAGACAGAAAAUACUUUUCCACGCACUGCCAAUUGUUUUGCGCAAGUGAUUGCUAAGAUUUGAUUUAUAAUUGGUUGGCUACAUUA